CCAAGGUAUUUCGCCGCCAUUCCGCCAUUACUUUUAUUUAAAUAUCGAUGCCUGCCUUGGAGUAACGGCAGCGCGAUGAAGUCUGUCAUAGUUGUUUCAGUGUUCGUAUUCAUAGUACUAUUAUCUUUGCAAGGAGCCUUGGGCAUUCGGUGUUUCAUAUGCAAUUCCCUCUACGAUGCAGGAUGUGCCGAUUUCUUCGACAAUAGCACGUACCCCAUUCAACCCUGUAACGUGACCGAUACUAUGUGCAGAAAAAUGGUACAAGAAACAUAUUACGAUGGUCACUGGGACGUCCGCUACAUUCGGUCCUGUGCCAGGGAAGGUGAGGUCGGGGCUGACGAAGGCCGCUGGUGUAAAGAGAGAAGUGGGACAUACAGGGUGAAAGUGAAGUACUGCCACUGCGUCAACAAGGAUGGAUGCAACACCGCUACCACGAGACGGCUCUCUUCCUCUGCACUUCUACCUUUGGCCUUCAUUACGUUAGGAUACCUACAGCGGACUUUAUUUUCCUCCUGAAAAUUUUGAUAACUGUAACAUAGCUAACCUGUUGAACAAAUUUUUUGUAUGUAUAGUUUUGUAUACAGUAUAUUUGGAAAAGGAUAGUGGUGCUCUAAAAGCUCAUAUAGGCCGUGUACAUUUUCGAAUGUUUUGAAGUAAGGAUAAUUGAUUUUUGUUUCUGAUAGUGAAAGGUUUGGAGCAAAUAAUGUCUGACUAUUUUUUUCUACGCUUGCUUUGUUUGUUCAGGAUUAUAACAUACAGGUGUAUAACACCACUGCAUUUUUCCGCGUGGCAUUUGAGGCGUGUAGAUUACGAAAAAAAAAAACAAAAACA